GUUCCCAAACAGGAACCGUAAGCAGGACUUUAUCCGUUCCAAACGCCACAUGUCCGUUUAGGCGCGUUUUUCCUUCCGACCUGCAACUCCCAUGGCUGCAAUGAGUGGCCUCACUACGAGCUCCACUCCUUCUCGAAUACUCGCAUUGCCAGCACGACGCCGUUUCCACGACCACUCGUCGUCGAGCUCCGUGUUCGUCAGUAAACCUCCUACCAGAGCUCCCAGACUCGUUUGCAUGGCGGAGCCCUAUUUGAUUACAAAGCUGGACUCCGCCGAGAAGACGUGGAAAGAUUUAUCAGUCAAGCUGGCUGAUCCAGAUGUCGUGUCAAAUCCCAGUGAAUACCAGAAGCUUGCGCAGUCCGUGGCAGAGCUUGAUGAAGUUGUGACAAUCUAUAGGGAUUUCAAAGACUGCGAGAAGCAGUUAGAAGAGACUAAAGCUUUAGCAAAAGAAGCUGGCAGUGAUGAGGAUAUGGCAGAGAUGAUAUCUUUUGAACUUGAAUCUUUAUCCAAUCAAAUCAAAGAACUGGAAGCGAAGCUCAAGAUGCUACUCCUUCCUAGUGACCCUCUUGAUGCAAGAAAUAUAAUGCUUGAAGUAAGGGCUGGUACUGGUGGUGAUGAAGCUGGAAUCUGGGCAGGUGAUCUUGUUCGUAUGUAUGAGAAGUACUGUGAGAGGAAUAAUUGGAGGUUCAGCACAGUCUCAAGCUCAGAGGCUGAAAGAGGAGGAUACAAGGCCUAUGUGAUGGAAGUCAAAGGAAAACGUGUAUACAGCAAAUUAAAAUAUGAAUCUGGUGUUCAUCGGGUUCAACGUGUUCCUCAUACAGAAACACAGGGUCGCGUGCAUACUUCCACUGCGACUGUUGCGAUCAUGCCAGAGGCGGAUGAAGUUGAGGUGGUUAUCGACCCAAAAGAUAUUGAACUGACAACAGCAAGGUCUGGGGGAGCUGGAGGGCAAAAUGUCAACAAGGUGGAGACAGCUGUUGAUCUCGUCCAUAAACCAACGGGCAUCCGCAUCUUUUGUAGCGAAGAAAGGUCUCAACUUCAGAACAAGCAUCGUGCAUUUCAGUUGCUGCGAGCGAAAUUGUAUAAGAUAAAAUUGAGAGAGCAGCAGGAGUUGAUUAGGAAUCAGCGGAAAUCGCAGGUUGGUACUGGUUCUCGUGCAGAAAAGAUUCGGACAUACAACUUUAAGGACAAUAGAGUGACCGACCAUCGGUUAAAGACAAACUAUGAGCUCACCUCUUUUCUUGGUGGCGAUAUAGAUAACGCAAUUCAGGCUUGUGUUUCCUUAGAACAGCAAGAACUUCUGGAAGAACUCGCUGAAUCUGUAGGAGCGCCCGCUGGCUAAUUCCUAGCUUGUUUUGCGGCAAUCUUGUUCGAAGAUUGACAGAGUCGGAUCAGAGAGUUAGGAAGCCUUUGCUGGAAAAAAAUUGUUCAAAAACGGGGCAAUCUUUUCGUAUGUUGUAUGUAGAGACGCAAUCACAGGCACAUGAAUUUUUCGUUGAAUUUGUUGUUGACAGGUUAAAUAGCUUGAGUUAUGUAAUUUUUGUACUCCAUUUUAUAUAUGUAAAGAUGAGAGAAUCGUGUAGCGAAUAGGUGGGUACAUUGUCCUUUUGAACUCGGAUGCAAGUACGUCGGAAACUGCUUUAUCGAA